AAAAAAAAAAAAACUAGUUAUGCAAAUUUUCCAACCAAGUGUUGUAGCUCUCGAAAAAAAUGGGAGGGAAAUGGAAUUAGGAAUUUAAAAUGAGACAAAAAAAAAAAUAACGAAUUAAAUGCAAUACAACAACCAUAAAGUGAAUGUAAUUGAAUAUUUUUGCAGGCACCAAUAUCUGAUACUAACCUGGUCCCCUUUCUUCUGGGCUAAGCUACAGUUACAGUUCUCGUCUCUGCAUUUACUUGUUCAUUCUUUCUCCUUCUCUGCUGCAUUUGAAUUCUUCAUCCCCUAUUUCACUGAUAUUCUCUUGGAGACUUUGAUCAUUUUCUCACGUUCACUUGAGAGUAUUCAUCAUCUGGGCUUAAGGUUUUGGCUGAGAUGGCUGGUUUUGAUUUGAAUAAAGACGGUAAAAAGCAGACAAAAAACGGAGAUUCUUGGCAUUGCCCCGAUUCUCAUAAACAUGGACGCUCUAAAAGUGCGUCGUCAGAGCGAGAUCUCCAUGCUUCUGGUAAUGGAGCUUCACAAUCUGCCAACAACUUCACUAGAAUGCAAACAUCCUUUGUUCAAACAACAGCAAACAAGAGACCAAAACCUCUGCAUAAUUGUCAGAUAUUAAUUAAAAACAGUGUGUCUUCGAACGACAGAGCAUCCUUGGAACGCGAUGUUGAACAACUUCACGUUCGUCUACAACAAGAGAAAUCUAUGAGAAUGGUGUUAGAGAGAGCAAUGGGCCGUGCUUCGAGCAGUUUAUCUCCCGGGCAUAGACAUUUGACUGGUCAGGCAAAGGAACUUAUCACGGAGAUUGAAUUGCUGGAAGCAGAGGUCGCGAAUCGCGAGCAUCAUGUGCUUUCUCUGUACCGGAGUAUCUUUGAACAGACAGUAAGCAGAGCAUCUUCAGAACAAACCUCAAGCAUUUCUUCUCCAGCUCAUCAUAUAAAGCAGCCACCAAGAAAACACCCAAGUGUUAUUUCAAAUGCAUUUUGUUCCUCCAAGAAUUUCCCUCUAAAGCCUUUGCAUGCUAUGAUUAUUUUUAAAGAUUCGAGUAGAAAAACCUCCAAAAAGGACCAAUCUGCUCAGUUCCAGUUCAGAAACUGUAUUCCUUCAACAACAAGUUGUUCAAGUCAAGCAAAAUCUCAUUUAAAGGAUUCAGUGACAUUGAAGUCUCCAUCGCAGAGAACUCUAAAGGAUCAUUUGUACCAAUGCCCAAACAAUUUGUCUGAAGAUAUGGUCAAGUGUAUGGCUUCUGUGUACUUCUGGCUCUGCUGCACUGCCAUGUCAGCAGAUCCUGAAAGGAGAACCCUAUCAAGAUCAUCUACUAGCAAUGUGAUCAUCCCAAAGAACACUAUGAAUGAAGACAGAGCUUGGUCCUGCAGAUCCACGGUGGAAGUAUCUUGUAUCUCAUCAGACAAGAGAAGAUUUUCUCAAGCAUCAUAUGCUAUUAACAACUAUAGGCUCCUUGUUGAACAACUAGAGAGAGUUACUAUAAAUCAAAUGGAAGACAAUGCAAAGCUAGCAUUUUGGAUCAACAUAUACAAUGCUCUCCUCAUGCAUGCAUACUUAGCAUAUGGUGUACCUGCUAAUUCCCUCAGAAGGUUAGCUUUGUUUCACAAGUCUGCGUAUAAUAUCGGUGGACACAUCAUCAAUGCAAACACCAUUGAAUACUCUAUCUUCUGCCUCCAGACUCCACGGAAUGGACGUUGGCUUGAGAUCAUUAUUUCCACCGCCUUGAGGAAGAAACUAGCUGAAGAUAAAGUAAGCUCACUGUUCAGCCUUCACAAACCAGAGCCACUUGUCUGUUUUGCUCUUUGCACUGGUGCUCUCUCAGAUCCAGUGCUAAAAGCCUACACUGCAUCAAACGUUAAAGAGGAAUUAGAAGCUUCGAAAAGAGAGUUUCUUGGUGCAAACGUAGUUGUAAAGAUGCAGAAGAAAGUGAUGUUACCUAAGAUUAUAGAGAGGUUUACAAAGGAAGCUUCUCUGAGCUCUGAUGAUUUGAUGAGAUGGGUAAUAGAUAGCUCAGACGAAAAGCUUGGGGAAUCGAUACAAAAAUGCAUACAAAGUAAACCAAACAACAAGAAAUCAUCGCAGGUCGUCGAAUGGUUGCCAUACAGUUCAAAGUUCCGUUACGUUUUCUCAAAGGACUUGAUGGAGAAAAAGCCAUGGUGGGUUUAGAAGGCUAUUUCUUGCGUUAAAAGAAACCCUCGAUGUCCUAACUCUGGUCCUUGUCCUUGUAAAGUUGUAUGGUUAUAGUGAGACAAUGAAAAAUGUAUUUUCUUGUGUACAAGACAAACUGUCACUUCCCAGACCA